GCAAAAAUAAAUAGCGCCUUUAAAAUCUUUACUCCACCGCAUAUUAAUGAGUUGGGAUCAAAAUUUCAAGUUGCGAAGCUAUUUGCAAAAGGGAAUGUUGGGUCGGACAACGUGUUAUUCAUGUUGUUAUUAAAAAUUACUGUCAAUUUGAACCGCCGAUUGGUCUAUAAAUUAGCAUGAUGCAGCGAGGAGCAAUAGCAAAAACAGUUCAAAAUUAAAAAGCUUCCAUACAUUGAAAAAAAGUGUUAAGCCUGAAAAUGUUGGGAUACUCCAAAUUUGCUUUUGUUGCUUUUCUCUUCCUUACAGUUGCAUCUGCAGCUGUGAUGGAUGCAAGAAUUCAAGAAGUGACAAGUGGGAAAAUGUUGCAACAAAAGCUUGGAUUGGAGGCUGAAAUAAGAGCAUUAGCCUCACUAAAAACUAUGGAAAGGGGUUUGGCUUCAAACAUAAAGAAAAACUUCAUGGGUGUUUUUGAUGAACAUUGUGCUCCAGCAGGGACACCUUGUGCAGGAAUUGAUGAAAUUUGUUGCUCUGGCUCUUGCAUUCCUCACCCUCGGGGCUUCAGGAUAUUAGUUUGCGCAUAAAAACUGUCGGUUUUUUUAUCAGAGGCGAAUCUAAAAUAAAAUUAAAUAUAGCCUUUGUGUCUUGUCACUUGUGGAUGUAAUCUAUGGGUUGUUUGUUUGAGUACAAUGAUAAUCUUGGUUAGCUUAAGAUGAUGCUCUUGCAUUCUUCUUACAUCCAAGAAUGUAGCUUCCUAGCUAUCUUUGACUAUGUUCCAUCAUGUGUUUCCAUUUCAAUGUAUGCUCUUAUUAAUAAAAAUCUUGUUAUGUA